AGGUUAGCUAACAGGCUUGGACCACAAAUGGAAGGAGGAGGUGAUCCCAUAGCAUAACACUGAGUCUGAGUACUUCCUGUCUGUGAUCUUUUCUAGUUUUACUCUCCACACUCCAGCAAAUGGGUAACUUACUAAGAUUAUUAGCAAGGGAUGAAUCCAACUGUUGCUCCCCUCAGAAGUAUGAUGUGUAUCUGGAUUUUGAGAAUGCUCAACCGACUGAGGAGGAACUUCCUACUCAUAGAGAAACAGCAAGUGUCCUCCAGCAUUCAGAUUAUAUCAUACAAGAGCUUCAACAAUACAAGGGAGCUGGAAAAGAAAUCAGAGAGGCAAUCUCAAAUCCCACAGAGGAAACUCAACAGCAGGCCUGGCGUGCAGUUUUACCUCUUGUAAGACGACUCAAGGGAUUCUAUGAGUUCUCCCAGAAACUUGAGGCUGUAGUCCCAAAGAUACUCAGACAGUUGUGCAGUGGAUCCAUGACUCCAACUCAACACCUUGAGAUGCAACAGGCUCUUGUAAAACAAUUUGCAGAGAUUUUAGAAUUCACCCUCAAGUUUGAUGAGCUGAAGAUGACAACUCCUUCAAUCCAGAAUGACUUUUCAUACUUUCGGAGGACUGUGAGGAGUCAACAUAUGAACGGUUCAUUGGGGACCCCUGCAGAGAGUGAUGUCAUUAGCAAUGAGUUGGCUAAUAGAAUGUCUCUUUUCUAUGCUCAUGCCACACCUAUGCUCAAAGUUCUCAGUGAUGCCACUACCAAGUUUGUUGCAGAGAAUAAAGAAAUACCGAUUGAGAACACAACAGAAACCCUUGGGACCAUGGCCAAAGUUUGUCAAAGAAUGAUUGACCCAGACUUGAUAGCAAGAUUCCAGAGAGGUGAGACACAGUUGUUCGUGCUGAGAGUCAUGGUUGGCUUGAUCAUACUCUAUGAUCAUGUUCAUCCUGUGGGGGCCUUUGCCAAAGCUUCCUGUGUAGAUGUAAGUUUUUGCAUACCAGGCAUUAUCAAGGGCUGCAUCAAAGUUUUGAAGGAGCAGCCAACAUCAAAUUCUGAAGGACUUCUCAAUGCAUUAAGGUAA